AAGGUAUCUUCCUUCCAUACUGAGACACCAUUUCCUUGUCUUGUACCAUUGGAAAAUCUGAAGGUAUCUUCCUUCCAUACUGAGACACCAUUUCCUUGUCUUGUACCAUUGGAAAAUCUGAAGGUAUCUUCCUUCCAUACUGAGUAUGUCCAACAAAGCGAGGAGGAUGCUGGUUCUGCUGCUGAUCAUCCUGAAGGAAGCUGGCCCGACCGCAGCCUGCAGCAGCAGCUGUUCAUGGUCACCGCACUGUUCCAGAAUCGACAGUUGUACAUGGUGUGACUGCAGCAGCAGGGGCCUCACCAGUGUUCCUCAGGACCUGCCUACAAACAUCACUUAUCUUAACUUGAGAGGGAAUUCCAUCACAACCUUAAAUCAGUCUGAUUUCUUAAGGUACAGGAGCUUGACAAGAUUAGAUAUUCAUACCAAUCGGAUCUCCAUGAUCCAUAACAAAACUUUCCGCAACUUAACCAGCCUAAUCACCUUGUGGCUUAACAAUAACCAGUUAACUAGUCUGCCAGCUGACAUAUUUGUGGGACUUGGUAACUUAGAGGACCUUGACCUUGCCAGUAAUAACAUCCACAGUAUUGAGGCAGGCACCUUCAUUCACACAACAAAGCUACGUCGUCUAGAGCUUCAGAACAACAACAUCAGCACCAUCACAGCCGACACAUUUGGGAACCUACUUCAGCUUCAAAUGCUGAAACUUUCUCAUAAUAACAUCAACACUUUUCCUCUAGAGGCCUUAUCAAACUUGAAUAUUUCAUCACUGUCAGAGCUUACAUUAGAUAAUAACCAAUUAGAGACACUACCACUCAUGGCAUAUGACAUACUGGCUUCGAUCUCAACUGUAAACAUUGACAACAACCCCUGGCAGUGUGACUGUAGGAUGGCUCCCUUUAAGCAGAAGAUGAACGGAUCCUAUGAAUUUGAAGACCAGAUCAGAUGUGACGGACCUGCCAAUGUUAGAUGGCAAUACUUACGGAAUGUAAAUCCUGAAGACCUGAUCUGUGAAAAGACAACACCAGUCUACUCCACUCCCAGCACAAAACACACUGGCCCGACCGCAGCCUGCAGCAGCAGCUGUUCAUCAGACUGUGACUGCAGCAGCAGAGGCCUCACCAGUGUUCCUCAGGACCUGCCUACAGACAUCACUACGCUUUUAUUGUACAACAACACCAUCACAAUCUUAAGUCAGUCUGACUUCUCAAGGUAUAGGAGCUUGACAUGGUUAGAUCUUAGGUCCAAUCAGAUCUCCAUAAUCCAUAACAAAACAUUCCACGGCUUAACCAGCCUGGGUGGACUGCACCUUUCUGACAAUCAUCUGACCACUCUGCCAACUGACAUAUUUGAGGGACUUGGUAAUCUGUGGGACUUGCGUCUUUCCUCUAACCAGUUAACAAGUCUGGCAGCUGACAUAUUUGUGGGACUUGGUAAUCUGCAGUACUUGUAUCUUUACUCUAACCAGUUAACAAGUCUGGAAUUGUAUCUUCACUUUAACCAGUUAACUAGUCUGCCAGCUGGCAUAUUUGUGGGGCUUGGUAACUUAGAAGAGCUUCGACUUUACAGAAAUGACAUCCACAGUAUUGAGGCAGGCACCUUCAAUGACACAACAAAGCUACGUACUCUAGACCUUCAGAACAACAACAUCAGCACCAUCACAGCUGACAUAUUAGGGAAUCUACUUCAGCUUCAAACACUGAAACUUUCUCAUAAUAACAUCAACACUUUCCCUGUAGAGGCCUUAUCAAACUUGAAUAUUUCAGCACUGUCAGAGCUUAGAUUAUAUUCUAACCAAUUAGAGACCCUACCAGUCAUGGCAUAUGACAUACUGGCUUCCAUUUCAACAGUCAACAUUGACAACAACCCCUGGCAGUGUGACUGUAGGAUGGCCCCCUUUAAGCAGAGGAUGAACGGGUCUUACCCAUUUGAAGACCAGAUCAGAUGUGCCGGACCUGCUAACCUUACAGGGCAAUACUUACGGGAUGUAAAUCCUGAAGACCUGAUAUCACUACUGGUCCCCAGGCUGCUGCCCAGGUUGAAUCAGCAGAUGCAACUGCUCGUGGCAGCAGCUGCUAAAGAUGCUGCAGCUGGUCCGCAGGUUACCGUGCAAGAGAAUGUUGACGAGUUAGUUGAUAACCAAUCACAGACAGCAGCUGCCCCUGGUGCUGACAGCCCUCACCACUAUGAACCCCUGAGGAACCCCAGCAGUCAGCAGCAGCACACAUACACAUCCCUGAUGCCUUAUGGUUCACAAGGCAAUUAG